CAGAUUCGAGAGCUUGAUUGCAAUACAAAACAUUCGAGUGAAUGCAAGGCACUUCUAUAAAUACAACCAAUGUCGCCAGCGUGUGCGAUAUUAUUACGCGAACCCCUUUAUCGAGCGCAUUCAACAUGUUAAGGGUGUUGUUGUGCGUGAGUGUGUUACACGCGACGCUUGCUAUUAUAGUGACGGAUCCGCCGCCAACAAGCACGGAGUACAACUACUGGUACAAUGUGGUCGACCCGUCCACCGGCGACACCAAGAGCCAACAAGAAAUAAGACAAGGCGACGUAGUUAAAGGAUCAUAUUCAGUCGUCGACCCAGACGGCACCAAGCGCAUAGUAGACUACACGGCGGAUUCUAAGAAUGGUUUCAAGGCAAUCGUCCGCACGGAGCCAGUGGUGUCUGCGAGGCCCGAUCGCUUUUACCAUCCCAAUAUAUAUCGUAAGCACCGUGCUCGAGUACAAACUCCUGUCUUUCAUUCCGCCUCUUUGCCUGAAUAUUAUUCACCGAUAUCAUCUGAUAACAACUUGAUCCAAGACGAGCCGGUACUCUUCACUCCGGGCAAUGAUACGCGCCCUGAACCCCAUAUAUUCCACAGUGGUGAAUUUUUUAUGCCCAACUAUAUGCAUCAUUAACGGAAGUGGAAAAAUGAAGUAAAUGAUUGUAUACAACAACUGGAUAAUAUAGUAUAAGAUUUUGAAUUAAAAACGAAAUGUGAUAUUAGUUUAAUGUUUGGUUUAAAAUAUUAAAUUAUUGCAUUAA